GUCACUAGACAGAUUUACAUUUGCUCAAAAUGGGCGGGUCUCUCGUGCCUCCCAGGCAACUCUCAUACUCACGCGUACCUGCCAUACCUGUACACAGGUGAGAGAGGGGAAGACAAUGAGUACAGCACAUAGACUUGCUAAAUAGACGUUUAACAGCAGUUAUGUUGUUUCACGUACACCUGGUUUCUGUUCUUCUCUAACAUUUGACAUUCAUAGCAUUAUAACGUGCGUUAACAUGUUACUAGGCGUUAAGUAAAGAGCAGUUUGGACAUUUAAGCGUCUUCUUUCAAAUUCAUCGUAAGAUUGUGUUGGUUUCAAAUACGUUGUAAGAGCGCCGCCGUUACUGGGAGAUUCAAUUACUUACUGAUGGCAACACCAAAGCGCCAUGGACGGGCGAGAUCUCUGCUGCCAGCAUGUUACCAUGAAGGCUUUCUGGAAAAGAAAUCUAUUAAAGACAAGAUGGGUCGUAAACUCUGGACCAGUUUAUGUGGCAAUUCACUCUUUUUCUUCAAUAACACCAAAGAUAAUGUUUAUAUAGAGAAGCUGGAGCUCUCUGAUCUCGUCUCCGUGACAGAUGACUGCUGUCGUGACCGAAACCUGGAUGCAGCUCGAUUCACUCUGCAGAUGAAAAAUGAAGACAUCAAGAUGAUUGCCCCAAGCCUUGAGUCUCGAGAGCUGUGGAAAGGUUUCAUACUUGCUGUUUCUAAGCUCUCUGUGCCCAGUUCUCUGAAUCUGCUGCCAGGCCAGAUUCACAUGAUGAAAGAAAUAAUUGAGAAAGAGAAAAAGAGGCAACAGCCUCCUAUAGCUCCCUCAGCAGCUCCUAACUUUUAUGUUCUUGUACUGCCAGACAUGCCUUCGUGUUAUUAUGAUGUCACUCGUGUUGAAGCUGAGCUCUUAUUGGAAAGGAAUGCUGAACGGGGAAACCUACUGCUGAGGCCCGGCCGAGAUGGGGCGUCUUUUGCUGUAACCACUCGCCAAGAUGUCAACAGAUCAGUAUUCAGACAUUAUCGUGUGUCUCGGAAGCACGAAGGGGGAUUCACCAUUGAUCUCGAGACUCCUAUCUCCUGUCCCACUCUGCAUGAUGUCAUCAACUGCCUGGUUAAGAUGACCUGUGGGGUUUUGGAGCCUCUUAUACUGGAGCAACACUAUGAGGAUAAUAUCACGUUUGUUAAGGCCAAUGAGGAAAAUGGGGAAAUAAGUGUACAUUGUGCCUCCAGUGGACCUUCAUCAUCUCCACAAGUUCCACCAGUUCCACCAGUUCCACCCCCUAAACCAAUCCAAAGGGAUCACAUGGCCAGUUCAGAGCCACCGGCAAACACACAGGAAAGCAUCUACCUCAAUGACCAAGAGGAUGAGGUAGAUCAGGGUGCUACUGCUGGACCCCCUGUCCAACCACGCCUUCCAGUCUUCGCAGUGCGAUUUUUGCCUCAUCAGAAUUCAGUGCCGCCAGACUUGAACACCAAUUUAGGUGGUGAAAGAAAAGCACUGAAACCCCCUGGCUACCCUAUUGCAUCUCUUCAAAGCUACAGUGUGUCAAACGGGCUUGAGAACACAGAGAAUACUCAGCUUGGGCCACAGCCUGCGGGUAUCACUUUAUCAGAGGAGCUCAAGAUGAUUUUUAAGAAGAGACGUGCUAUCCAAGAAUCAUGAUGUGAGGAAAACAAUAAUUUGUUGCACUGUGGAACAAGGAACAAUUACCUGAGUAUUAAACUGGUCUUAAAUGUAUACAAAGAAGCUUUUGGAUAUACAGCUGUACUCACCUGAACACCGUAUCAGUGGGAGUUCGACUUGGCUCAGAUUCAACCAGUCAGAUUUGUCUGCUGCUGUCCAGUUGAAUGGAUCAAUGAAUAGGCCCCUGAAUCAAGUCGGCAGCUCUUUCUGCAUUAAGAUGCAUUACUUGUUACAAUCACUUAGUAGACAUUAUAUCAAGUUAUUGACUAUUAUGUGUCACACUGCUUACAGUAAAUCACUACUGUUGUGUAUGAGUCACAACUCAAAUUACAAGUGUAUCUCUAGUAGCCUCUUAUCUCAUCUACAUAUUGCAAAAGAUUGAUCUCUGUUCCAGAGAUUAUUCACAUGAAGUUGAGCACGUAUGCAAACUUGCCAUUUAAAUGUUUCAUCUUGAAUUCCUAAAUGUCAGAUAGCUGGUCUGUCUUUUUUUCUUCGUCUCUCUUAUACAGUACUACAAACAUUAGGCUUACUAUAUAUAUCACAAAGAGUUGUUGGUAACAAGCUAUCCUGUCGUAAAGUCUUUAUUAUAUGGGGAAGUUGCAGGUCUACUUUCUUCACAUAUUGUACAGAAAUUUAAAACAAAUGUGAUGUUUCUCUGUUCCUGUUAUAAUGGAUCACUUGUUUUAUGCUACAUGUUCUGAGAACAAUACAUGAUCACAGAAAUAAAGUAUAUCUCCCACUUU